UUAGUUUUUUUAAACCCCACACACAGAGGUAACGUUAGCGGAACCCUAAAAAGCGUAGGUAAGUGAAAGCUUCGCAAAUCUCACUUUUUUCGCAGAGCUCGCAACGCUUUCACCAGCUAUCUGCUCGUCGAGUUUCCGUCACAUUUGCAGCAUGCCUCGAGUUGCACGCUUUGGUCGUCCAAGAAAAAGAGGUGGAAAUAAAUCUUCUAUGCAAGAACCUUCACCGUUGAUUGAUUCUCCACCAUCUACUCAAGACCCACCACCAACUAUCGAUGCCUCAUCUUCCUCUUUGCCUCCAUCUACAUGGCUUGAUGCCACAUCAUCUGCAGAGGCUCUUCUACAAGCCCCACCGGCCACCCAUUCAUGGCUCCGGCUCCGCCAAUACUUAGACGCUUUUUCUGAAGUCCCACCAUCAUCGUUCAGAGCUCCAUCUUCUUCUCAGGUCCCACCACCAUCGGAUAAUGCUAGAACAUUUACUCAAACCACAUCAACAUUGAAUGACUUCACAACACCAAUGGAAGCGCCUUCAAAUGGCCCACCUGCCACCCAAGCACGGGUUCGGAGCCGCCAAUACAAGGAAGCUCCUUCACAGGCCCGACCACAUUCAACUAAUGCUCCACCAUCGACACAGGCCUCACCACCAUCAACUGAUGCUACACCAUCCUUGGAAACGCCUUCUCAAUUUCAACUACCCUUUAGAACUCGGCUACAACGCCGCCAAUAUAUGGAAAUUUCUUCCCAGACCCUACCACCGCCAACUGAAGCUCCACCAUCUAUUCAAGCCCCGACACCAUCAACUGAUGCUUCACCAUCUAUUCAAGCCCCACCACCAUCAACUAAUAUUAUGCAACCUAUUCGAUCCCCACUUGAUGCUCCAUCAUCUUCUCAAGUUCCACCACCAUCAUUUGAUGCAUCACCACUUACUCCUGCCUCAUCAGCAUCGGUUGAUGCCACAUCAUCCCCGGAAAGUCCAGCACAUGCUCCCCUAGCCACCCGAAUUCAGCCUCGGCGCCGUGAAAGCAAUAGACGCUGGACAGUUGAUGUAAGAGAUGCUUCAGGAGCUACAAAAGUUGUACAUUUGAAAUUGAAGGAUCUUUGGGAUCUUCCUGAUGGAACCAAAGUGGUCGUACCACUUGAUGAUUGUAAACAACCAGUUGGUGAGACGGGUGGCCUCUUAGCAUUUGCUAUUGCAAAAUUGGGAGCAGAUUUUACUGCUCUUCCUAUUUGUUACAAGUCUUGGAUAAAAGUUCCUAAACAUUACAAAGAGGAGAUUUACAAUAGCAAAAUAAAGGAAAAGUUCAUUAUAAAUAGCAACAUAGCAAAGAAGAUAAUCAUAAGCAGGAUUGGGGACAAGUGGAGGGCCAAUCGAACUAAAGUUUUUCGUAGGUAUUAUGAUCCAAAACUCAGCAGAGAACAAAACUACCUUAAUCAUCCUCCGAAUAUAACCCGGGCUCAAUGGAUUUGGUUUAUUGAUUAUCGUUUGGAUCCAAAUACUGAUAAAAUGUGCAAACGAAAUGCAGAAAUUCGAGGAAGAUCAUCAAUAGUGCCUGGAGGACAUAAGACGUUAGCUAGGAAACGAUCUGAGAUGGAAGUUGAGAGCGAAGAGCCUAUUGGUAGGGAAAAAGUUUUUGUUGCCACGCAUGCUAAUGGUGAUGGAUCAUAUGCAGAUGACGCCACUAAAUCUAUUCAUGAGAAAGUUCUUCAUAUUGAGAAUGAAGGGAGCUGUCCACGAGCAAUUCCUCUGGAUGAUUCCCUCGGAAAGGAGCCUCUAGGAAGAGUCGAAGGUUUGGGUUUUGGACCCUGCCCAACCCAAGUAGUUAGAACCAAAGAGGGUUGUUGCUUAAACAGUGACGUCUUUGCUAAGAUGCAGCAGGAAAUUCUAGAUCUGCGAGCACAAUUGGAAAAAGAGAUUAAAGGUAGAAUUGAAUUUCAGAAAACUGUGGCUCUAAUCCUCCAAAAUGUUGCCACCCCAGUCAUGACUCCAGAGCUUGCUGCACUCCUUACGCCAUUGCUUACACGUGCUCUUCAAGCUACAUGUGAUAAUGCUGGGAAUGUUGGCUAAGCAAUGGAAGUUCUUCUCAUGGAACUUGAUUUGUAUGAUUAUUUAUGGUAGGUGAAGGGCAGAACUGGACCAAUUGGAAAGUUGUUUGUUAAUGUAAAAUAUGAGAAAUGAAGCUAGUGUGUAAGAGAAAUCAACUGCAAAACAAUUUGUGCAUGUUCAAUUUUCAUGAUGAGAAGCUAAGUGUAAAAUGUGAAGGGGGAAAAAGAACUUGCAAACAAUAUUAUGGCCUCUUAUCAUAUGACCAAGAAAAUUGAUGAUUUACUUUGAAAGAAUUUACUUGGUGAA